CGGAAUGCUGAUAAUACACUCUUGUUUCAGUGAAAUGGCUUUCAGUGUUUGACUUUUUUUCGGUGCGUGUCGUUUGUUAACUUUGCAGUGAAUUGUUUCGCACGUUUUUUUUUCUACUUAUUUUGUUUGUCAAAAUGAUCGUUACACCGGAUAGCAGUAUGCAUAACAGCCCUCAAUUACCUGAAUCUACCACUAAUAUUUCGGAUUUUAACUCUCGAAUGGGCCACAGGGAACCUGCCCUCAAUUUAGAAUUCGAUGGAACCACCGUAUUAUGUAGAGUAUGCGGAGACAAGGCGUCCGGAUUCCAUUAUGGAGUACAUUCCUGCGAGGGAUGCAAAGGUUUCUUCCGGCGGAGCAUCCAGCAGAAGAUCCAAUACAGACCGUGCACCAAAAACCAACAGUGCUCCAUCCUCAGGAUCAACAGGAACCGGUGCCAAUACUGCAGGCUCAAGAAGUGCAUCGCAGUCGGAAUGAGCCGGGACGCUGUCAGAUUCGGCCGCGUGCCCAAACGGGAGAAAGCCAGAAUUCUGGCUGCCAUGCAGCAGAGCUCCAAUUCGCGCUCGUUGGAAAAGGCCAUCGCAGCCGAAUUGGAGGAUGACCAACGACUUUUGGAAACCGUCGUCCGGGCGCACAUCGACACCUGCGAUUUUACUCGAGAGAAAGUGGAGCCCAUGUUGCAACGGGCCAGGGAUCAUCCAUCCUACACAGCUUGCCCUCCCACUUUGGCUUGCCCUCUCAACCCGAAUCCGCAGCCGCUGACAGGUCAACAGGAACUGUUGCAAGAUUUCUCGAAACGAUUUUCGCCAGCUAUACGAGGCGUCGUGGAAUUCGCCAAACGUAUUCCCGGAUUUUCUCUGCUAGCUCAAGAUGAUCAAGUUACCUUGCUGAAAGCCGGAGUUUUUGAAGUGUUACUUGUGCGUCUCGCGUGUAUGUUCGACUCUCAAACAGCCAGUAUGAUCUGUUUGAAUGGACAAGUGUUGAAACGUGACUCUAUUCAGAAUAGUUCGAAUGCUCGUUUUCUAAUGGACAGUAUGUUUGACUUCGCGGAAAGAAUGAACUCGCUCAGAUUAUCCGACGCUGAAAUCGGUCUGUUUUGUUCGGUCGUGGUCAUUGCCGCCGAUCGUCCCGGCCUCAGAAACACCGAGCUGAUCGAAAGGAUGCAAAACAAACUGAAAUCGUCCUUGCAAAUGGUUGUCGCUCAGAACCACCACGGGCAAUCGCACGUCAUGGACGAAUUGAUAAAAAAGAUUCCUGAUCUCCGUACUCUGAAUACCUUGCAUUCAGAAAAAUUGCUCGCUUUCAAAAUGACCGAACAACAGCAAAUGAUGCAACAACAGCACACGUGGAACGGUCACAUGGAAGAAGAGAGCAACAGCAAAAGUCCGGCCGCUUCUUCGUGGUCCUCCUCGUCCGAUGUCACCAUGGACGAGGCCAAAUCACCUCUCGGCUCAGUAUCCAGCACCGAAUCGAUGUGCUCGUCAGAGAUGACGUCGAUUCACGAAUAUCCGCAUCCCAGCAGUCACCACCAUAUCAGCUCAAACGUCUCUAACGCACCGCUGUUGGCCGCUACAUUAGCAGGCGGCGUCUGUCCUCACAGACACCGCGCCAAUUCCGGCUCCACUUCGUCCGGGGACGACGAAUUGGCCGCCACAUCACAUUUGAUCCACAACGGCAUAACAAUAACCCCAGUUUCGAGGCCAUCGCAUAGCUCGCACCCCAGAUUCAGGAAGCUGGACUCGCCCAGCGAUUCGGGCAUCGAAUCCGGAACCGAAAAAGUCGAAAAACCGACAUCGGUCUGUUCCAGUCCUCGAUCGUCCGUCGACGAUCAUCAUAUAGUCGAGGAUAUGCCCGUUUUGAAGCGAGUCCUACAAGCUCCGCCUCUGUACGAUACGAAUUCCUUGAUGGACGAGGCCUACAAACCACACAAAAAAUUCAGAGCGCUGCGGAAUAAAGACUCGGCCGAAGCCGAACCCGUAGUCGUAAUGUCUCCACAACCAGUGCAAUCUCAACUCCAAAUGCAAUUAACUUCGUCGGCCCAAUCGACUCUAUCCAGUUCCCACUCGAUGCUGGCCAAAUCUCUGAUGGAAGGUCCGAGAAUGACCGCCGAGCAAAUGAAGAGAACGGAGGUCAUCCACAAUUUCAUAAUGAGAGGCGAAUCUCCCGCCUCGCCAAUGGUGACAGCCGCGCCGACGGCCUGUCCGUACAAAUCAUCAUCGAACGGGUCUUUGCUGCAGCCCGCUUGGGCGACGAGCGUGAUCACGACCACCGCUCGCCAGAGCCAGAUGCACAACGGCCAGUCGCAGGACAUGGGCCAGCCUCAGCAGGAUUACAGUCGGCUCUAUCUGCCCGCUCAGUCGCCGCAUUCGACGUCGCCCGCACCCCCGCCGUCUAGGUCUCCGGACAAUCCGCUACUCACGGCGCUGCCGAAGAUGGUGGAGCUGCAGGUGGACAUUGCGGACACUCAGCAGCCGCUGAAUCUGUCCAAGAAAUCGCCGUCCCCCUCGCCGAGACCAAUGAAGGUGGUCACAUUAGAGGUGUAAGUGUAGAGAGAGAGAGAGGCGGUUCCCGUGAGAUUAGUACAAAGUGGAGUGCAUGGUUGAUCCACCUGUUCGCGAGAUGGGACUUUUAGGUGCCACUUUUGAUCGAGUUAUUAUGAAAAUAAAACCAAAUAAUUUGUAAUUAUCCCCCCAAUUAUCUGUCUGUAUCUGUAUAUCGAUGUGUGCCCUCAUGUUGUAGUAGGCGAAUCUAAAUCCUCAUGUAAAGUUACUUCCGUAAGGUCAGAAAGAAGCGUCAUUUUUGUACAUAGCGGACCAACAAUUCUGACUUUUCCUCUAGUUAAGGUUUCAACAAUCACUAAUUUAAAAAAAAAUUUGAAAAAAAGGAUUUAUCGAUGAGAAACUGGCAUCAGCACCUAAACAAUUCUCCUGUUGUAGAUUUUAAUUUAUAUUAUCGUUUAAUAUAUGUGAUAAAUUGAUUCGUAGGUUAUAUUUAUGGAAAUAAGUUUUGUGUUGCGUAUCUCAAUUUGUAAAGAGACUUAAUCAUUUUCAUGGAAUUAUCACCCGCCUGUUUGUAUCUCCGUUGUAUCAUAGCAUUUUAUGAUUAGUGAAUAUAGCGAGUCGCAGGGAUCCGUGAGACUGAGGGGGGUACCCAUCGUACUAGGAUCAGUUUUGGACCAACUCACCUGUGUUGCACCUCCCAUGUUUGUCUCUGCGCUCGCCUUUAGGACGUGAAGUUCUGUCCCCAACCAAAUGUAGCCCGUUAUUCUGAAUUUGUAUUCAACAAACGUUAUUUUUUUUUUUUGAACAGUAGUAUUUAUUUUAUUAUCUAUUCUAUUGUUACUUUUGUUAUCGAUCUUUAUGUUAUUUCUUCGGAUUGUGUACUUGUUGACAGGUAAUUAGUAAUUAGAAAAAUCUAAAUGUUAGUAGUCGAGACGAGUAUGCAAUCUGAAUGUUAACAAACUGUACUCUCUUUGUAAAUUCGGUUUUUGUUGAGGCCGACAGAAUAAACAUGUCU